AAAUUUCACAAAUUCUUUUUUAUCCAAAUUGAUUUUAAAAAUAGUAGGGUGUUAUAAGAGGGGCACUAUAGAAAGAACGAUUACAGGUUUCUAGAAGUUAUAUCCGAGUUUCGAGUAUUGCUAUGUAAGGUUAGAUUAAACAAAACAACAAAAUAGUAAAAUACCAAAAAAAAAAACAAACUAUUGCACUUAUUAAAAAAUUAUAUAAUAAGAAAGAUGGCUGCUACCGAAGAAACAUUUGAACAGUUUGAUGAAGAAGAAGGAGGUGAUGCAACUUUAGCGCUUUGUAGCGCUGGCAGAAAAAGGCUUUUUAGCAAAGAAUUAAGAUGUAUGAUGUAUGGAUUUGGUGAUGAUCAAAAUCCUUAUACUGAAAGUGUCGAUAUAAUUGAAGAUUUAGUGAUUGAAUUUAUUACUGAAAUGACUCAUAAGGCAAUGGAAAUAGGCAGAACAGGUAGAGUCCAAGUAGAAGACAUUGUUUUUCUUGUGAGAAAAGACCCAAGAAAGUAUGCCAGAGUUAAAGAUCUGUUAACUAUGAACGAAGAAUUAAAAAGAGCUCGUAAAGCUUUUGAUGAAAUCAAAUUUGCUGGUAAAGAUGCAGUGCUCAAUUAGGUGUAAAAUAAAGACAAUUUUAAAUAUAAGAAAUUGCUUUUAUUUCCUUGUUAUAAAGAUUGACAUUAACAUAACAAAUACAUAUAUCACAGAUAUGUAAUUACAAACUUAAUAA